UCCACAUCCAACAGAAACGCAUCGACUAGAAGGUUGGCCGCCAACCCGGCCUCCUGAAGGGCUUCUGACACCCUUGACCUGACGAAAGUCCUCCGUCGCGCGUGAAAGCACCCUAUGCCUAAUCACCACAGAGCCAGCUAACCGUACAAGGCAUCAAUUUCUAUAUCAACUUCGAGACCGAAAGCCGCAGGCUACAUACCCAUAUCGCCGUACACCGAUGACGAGAAUGCCCUAUCAAACAACCUACUAUAUCCCCGGUACGCCGAAUCGGACCCUUCAUCUCCGCCGUCGCCGGCUUCGAUCGAAUCCUUCGAUAUUCUAGACUCCAUUGCCUGGCGGCGGGGCUACACAUCCUACGACACGGGAGGCCCUAGGGCGCGUGCCUGCGAUAUUCUCAAGCAGAGGUGGAAGAAGAAUCAGCCACAGUUCAUUGCCAUACUUCUACUAUUCAUGCUGUUUGUAGCCGGGUGCUCCAUCGGAGGCUACCUAGCUGUGAGGCAUGAGCGAAAUAGGACAAGGGGAACGUGCUAUGCGCGAGAGGGCGGAGACAGAUGCCAGGAGCCUGCUUGGGCAAAGUGCGUGGCUGUCAAUGGACUGGGAUACUGUGAAGGAAUUCUUUGAAAAAGGGAAAGCGAUAUUAGCUAAAUUCUCUAGCUCGUCGCAUCGGCUGCGCUUGCGUGCCGAAUCAGGCUCGCGAAGGGACGGGAUGUCUGGCAUGCAGUCAUCCCUUACAAGGGUGCUCAGCUCGCGGUUCCAAGGGUGUUCUUUGGAGAAAAGGAGGUCGCUAUAGAGACGGUGAAUAAGGACACGCACAGGCCGGGCAAACGUAUUGGUAGAAGAUAAGGGGUCGUUUCCGGUGAGAGGAGAUUACUUGCAGGUGCACGAUGCGUUGGCAGGUGGAUCAACUGGGGUCAUCCAGCCCUACAUCUAGCUAGGGCAAGCCACUCC